AUGGCUCCAUCAGCAGUCGAAACAGAAACCCUUACAGAGAAGAUCCCAAUCAAGGCAUGGACUCGUCCAGCACCUACCGAGGAGAAGCUCGACUGGGCACCGCUCGUUGAGAUUGACCUGUCUCGUUUUGACGAACCCGGCGGCAAAGAAGCGCUCGCUAAGCAACUAUAUGAUGCGGUGACCCGAGUCGGCUUUUGGGUCGUGACAGGCCAUGGACUUAGCGAAGAGCGCGUCCUUCGACAAUUCAGCAUCGGAAAUGCAUUUUUCAAGGAGCCACUCGAGGAAAAGCGCAGCUUUGCCUGUAACUUCGCCGAAGGCGAAUACUUUGGCUACCGCGAGAACGAAAGAUGGAUCGGAGAUACCGGAGUCAAGGACAAUGUGGAGAUGCUCAAUAUCCCCAAAGCAAUUCCAGUCUGGGAUGACCUCCCUAGACACAGAAUUGUGCGCCAGAACUACGAUGAGAUCGCGAGCUUCCACCGUGAUCUUUUCGACCGCGUGAUUCGAAAGCUAUUUGUGCUGAUGGCUAUUAUUCUGGAACUACCAGAAGACUACCUCGUCAACGCACACGCUUACGACAGGCGUUCUGAUGACCACUUGCGGUACAUGAUCUAUAACACUCGCACGCAAGAAGAAUGGGAUAAAGCCCAGGCUGUUACCACAGGAGGUCAUACCGACUUUGGCAGCUUGACAUUGCUGUUCUCGCAGCAUAUCGCUGGACUCCAGAUUCGGACUCCAGAGGGAGACUGGAAAUGGGUGAAGCCUGUGGACGGCAGCAUUACAUGCAAUGCUGCCGAUACUCUCUCCUUCCUCACCAAUGGAUUCAUUAAAUCAACGAUUCAUCGCGUUGUCACUCCUCCCAAAGAUCAGAUUCAGACGCCACGUCUUGGACUCUUGUACUUUGCUAGACCUGGAGAUGAUACUAUCAUGCGAACCGUACCAUCGCCUCUAUUGGAGCGUCUCGGGUUGCUCUCGGCGGAAGAACGGAGCUCAACUGAGCCCGCGCCGACCGGAACUGAAUAUGUUCGUGCUCGUGUUCGCGAUGUACAUCAUCGAAAGGUGAUUGAUCGCCGAGAAAAUACUUCGUUCGAAUUUAAGGGGCUGAAGGUGCCUAACUACUACAAGUAG